AUGCAUCCCAAAAAACUUAACUGUGCAAUUAUAGUUUUGGUCACAUAUCUUUUAAAUGAAAGUGUUUGUUCUCAACUGGAUGUUGGGUUUUAUAGCUAUUCAUGUGGUAUGGCUGAGUUCAUUGUAAAAGAUGAGGUUAGAAAAAGUUUCAAUAAGAAUCCUGGAAUUGCUGCUGGACUUGUAAGAAUGCAUUUUCAUGAUUGCUUUAUCAGAGGGUGUGAUGCUUCGGUACUUCUUGAUUCGACUCCCUCUAACACUGCAGAGAAAGACUCACCAGCCAAUAAACCGAGUCUCAGAGGGUUUGAAGUUAUUGAUAAUGCUAAAGCUAAACUUGAAGAAGUAUGUAAAGGAAUUGUUUCAUGUGCUGACAUAGUUGCUUUUGCAGCAAGAGACAGUGUAGAGUUGGCUGGAGGGCUUGGUUAUGAUGUUCCUGCAGGAAGAAGAGAUGGGAAGAUAUCACUAGCUUCUGAUACAAGAACAGAUUUACCUCCUCCAACUUUCAAUGUUAACCAACUCACUCAACUCUUUGCGAAGAAGGGGUUAACACAAAAUGAAAUGGUCACUCUCUCUGGAGCACACACCAUUGGACGCGCUCAUUGUUCUGCUUUCAGCAGCAGAUUAUACAACUUCAGCAGCACUUCAAGGCAGGAUCCAAGUUUACAUCCCUCAUAUGUUGCACUAUUGAAAAGGCAAUGUCCACAAGGAAGCACAAACCAAAACUUGGUGGUACCAAUGGACCCUUCUAGCCCUGGAACUGCAGAUGUAGGGUACUAUAUUGAUGUCUUGGCAAAUAGAGGCUUAUUCACAUCUGAUCAGACUCUCUUAACUACCACUGGAACAGCCAGACAAGUUAAUCAAAAUGCUAGGAAUCCCUAUCUAUGGGCACACAAGUUUGCAGAUGCAAUGGUGAAGAUGGGGCAAAUUGGCGUCUUAACAGGCAAUACUGGGGAGAUUCGAACAAAUUGCAGGGUGAUCAAUAGCUAG